GCUGCUGAUAACCACAAAGCUGCUUUCCUCAUAUGCUGCAAGUUGAGAAUGGUGGACCAAUUAGGUCAGACAGUGUGGCCGCAUUCAGUACAAGUUGUGUAUUUGUUAAGUCAGAGCUGCUGAGGAGAAGACGCAGACAGGAUGAUGCUGUACUCUGUGAAUGUUUGCCUUCUCUGGACUCUGUGUGUGGCGCAGUUAAGCGACAUCUUUCAGCCUGUGUCUUUCCAAACUGUGACGCUCGGAGAUUCAGCCACUGUUGAGUGUCACAUGAAGAGUGACAUGCUCAGAAGAGUGUGGUACAAACUGACAAGAGGGAAGAAACUUCAGCAUGUGGCAACAUUCAACCCCAAAUAUAAUCUCAGUACAUUAGUCAAUCAAUUUGAACGCCGUCAUUCAGUCAAAUUCAACAGUGUCAGCAGUAAUCUGAGUAUAUCCGCAGCGACCUGGGAAGACACCGGGACAUACUUCUGUGGAGUUUUGACCUCAAACGAUAUUCAGUUUGGAUCAGGAACCUUUUUGAUGCUGAAAGGUGAGAACAUGAUGAGUGACUCUGUUGUCCAGCACCCAGAGUCUCUGUCAGCCCAGCCUGGAGACUCUGUGACUCUCAGCUGUUCUGUUCACACCACCCACUGUGCAGCAGAAUACACUGGUGUCAUGUGGCUGAGAAACGCUCCUCAUUCUGCUCCACAAACGAUUCACCCAUCCGGACAAAAGAACCAGAUCUGCAGGAGGACUGAGAGGACUGAGAGUGGAAACGCUACCUGUGUGUACAACCUCGUCAUGAGGAACCUCAGCUACGAGGAUGAUGGGACGUACUUCUAUGUUGCAACUGCAUGUGAACAAACAUUGUUUGGCAAUGGAACCAAACUGGAUUUGUGGGAGGACAUGGAACAACGCUCUGAAGUUAAAUCUAGUAUCAUAUUUUUGGUUCUAAUCACUGCCCUGGCUGUUUUAGUGACCUUCUUCGUGUGUGUGAUCAUCAAGAAAAUCUGCAAUCAAUGUAGAGAACUUUUCAAUCCAAACAACACCAGCGCUGAGAGUCUCAGAGAUGACGAUGUUGUCCAACGUGGAGCGUUAAGAGAGAACCAAAUCAUCAGAUCAAAAGGAAGAAGAGACGACACCUGGAGUGAAUGUGUGUACUUUGGUGUAACGCAGUAAAGCUGGGCAUGUUUUCAUUUCAAUUCCUGAAAUACAAUGACAUGGUGACAAAGUGUCAGUGUGAAUACUUUCCCUGCAAUAAAGCCACUGAACAAGCUU